AUGGAAACCGUCCACGGUAUUUGCAGCCCCCCAUUUCAAGGAGUUCGCGAUCUCCUCGAGGGCUACAUCAAGUCCAACGAAGAGCUUGGGGCUUCGAUAACUGUCAACAUCAACGACAAAAUAGUCGUGGAUAUCUGGGGCGGACACAAAGACCAAGAGCGCAAGGAACCUUGGGAGGAAAACACUAUCGUCAAUGUCUUUUCGAGCACAAAGACAGUCACCAGUCUUGCAGUUCUCAUCCUGGUUGAUCGAGGCAUGAUUGAUGUCAAUGAGCGAGUCUCCAAAUACUGGCCCGAAUUCGGGCAGAACGGCAAGGAAGAUGUCCUUGUCCGACACCUACUCUCUUUCGCGUCUGGUGUUCCGGGCUGGGACGAGCCCCUUUCAAUCGAAGACGUGUACGAUCUGGAGAAAAGCACACCGAUGUUAGCACGCCAAGCUCCAUGGUGGACACCAGGUACCGCCUCUGGAUACCAUGCUUUGAAUUAUGGACAUCUCCUUGGAGAGCUCAUUCGUCGAGUUUCUGGAAAGUCGCUGCGCGAGUUCGUCGCCACCGAGAUCGCAGGUCCACUGGACGCCGACUUCCAGAUCGGUGCCUUGGAGAACACGUGGGACAGGAUUACCCCCAUCGUGCCUCCAGAGGAUUCAGGCAUCAUGGCAGAUCUCGAUGCCAAGUCCAUGCAAGGAAGAACCUUUCUCAACCCACCCAUUGAUCCCAAUCUUGCAAACAGUGAAGGGUGGAAAAAGGCAGAUAUAGGCGCUGCCAAUGGGCAUGGCAAUUCUCGGUCGCUCGCCCGUAUCAUGUCCGCAAUUACCUUGAGAGGAGAAACUGCUGGCAAACGUAUCUUGAAAGAAGAGACCGUCAAGUUGAUAUUUGAAGAGCAGCAGUCUGGGGAAGACUUGGUUAUGAAAUUUCCCCUCAAGUUCGGAAUUGGGUUUGGGUUGACACCUUGUGUUGCAAUUGACUGGAUGCCAGAAGGCAACGUUUGCUUUUGGUGUGGUUGGGGUGGUUCUUUUGUUGUCAUGGAUCUUGACAGACGCAUGACGAUCUCUUACACGAUGAACAAGAUGGAUAAUGGUCUUGUGAGCAGUGAUAGGGCUGCUGCUUAUGGCAAAGCAAUUUAUGAUGCAGUUGGGGAGUAG